AUGUCUACAAUCAAGGGACAGACAAGGAGGGAGAGGCCUAGGACUCGCCCCCAUGGCCUCACGCAACAGAAGAGGCAGGAAAUAAAGGAAGCAUUUGAUCUUUUCGACACCGAUAACUCUGGAACCAUCGAUGCCAAAGAGUUGAAUGUUGCGAUGAGAGCCUUGGGAUUUGAGAUGACAGAGGAGCAAAUCAAUCAGAUGAUUGCUGAUGUUGACAAAGAUGGCAGUGGAUCGAUAGAUUAUGAGGAGUUUGAGCACAUGAUGACUGCCAAGAUUGGGGAGAGGGACACUAAAGAAGAGCUUACAAAAGCGUUCCGCAUUAUUGACCAAGAUAAAAAUGGGAAGAUUUCAGAUGUUGAUAUUCAGCGCAUUGCCAAAGAGUUGGGUGAAAACUUCACUCUCCAAGAGAUCCAAGAAAUGGUUCAAGAGGCAGAUCAAAAUGGUGACGGCGAGAUAGAUUUUGGCGAGUUUGCGAGGAUGAUGAAGAAGACCAGCUAUGGCUACUAG